AUAUUUGCAUAAAUCACGUGACGUGUUGGCAGGCCAAGAAAAAGAAUUAAUUUUGAAAAAUAAAACGACAGCAACUAUCUGAACAACUUUGCGCAAAAGAUGGAGAUGGAGAUGGCUGGUGUCUAGCACUGGCCAGUUUAGAAAUUUAUGUAAAUGCAUUUGCCUCUGCUCUGGGCCCCUGAACUUGAAACGAGUUGGCAUCCGGAGCCAAUGUUUCAGUCAUCUAACGGCGGUUGAGGCAACGAGUCUGCGAGGCUGGCAACGACGCGUCUAUCCGAGUGCUGAGUGUCGAGUCUCGAGUGAAGAGCACCGAUAGUGUUCCUGACAUUUGUGAAUCAUAACAAACGGCAGCGCGUGAGUCAUGUAUAGAACGUGCUUUUGUCUCCUAUCAGUGCUGAGCGUAGUCUGUGCCGCCAAUCUCGGCUACUUGCCACGCCACACGCAGACACGGCCACAGACACAGCCGCAGAAGCAACAGCAAUCACAGUCGCAGUCGACACAGAGUCAGGCAUAUUAUUAUAAUGCGCCCAGUGCAAGCACGAUGGCAGCAUUGCGUCGCAUCGUUUUGGGACACCUGCAGCGCUUUCAGGAGGCGGACAAACAGCGUUCACAACUGAUGCAACCGAGCAGAGCGGAAGUGCAACGUCAAACUUAUCGGCAGCCUGUCGCUGCUGCAUCACAGAGCAGCUUGGAUUAUGCCGUGCCGCCCAAUUCACCCACGCCAAAGAAUUAUGCAAUGAAUUUCUUGCCCGAGGGCAGGGAUGUGGUACCCGGAACCUCAUACAUCCCGCUACGGUUGCUGUUGAUACGCUGACUUCGAGGCGUCACCGGCAUCAACAUCGCCAUCGACAUUGGUAUCAGCAGCAGCAGCAGCGGCGUCGGCAUCCUCUGUUAUUCAAAUGAGGGGUUUUUUGACUUGCGGAAUGCCGUUCUCGGUGAGCAGCAGCAGCAGCAGCAACAUAAGCGGCUGCGGCAGCGGCAACCAGUAAAUGAGUUUAAUUUGUUAUAAUCCUACUGCUGGUUAUAUAAUUUAAUGAUAUUUUAAUUCUUCAUUAUACAAUAAAGUCGGUAUUCUAAUUUAAGUCUAAGCUAAUU